ACCACUCGAGACGCCAUGGGGAGUUUUUCGAUAUCGCUGAACAGUGCAACAACACGACUUCGGGCGACCGACCGGCGUCGGCGGUGGACGGAGAUUAUUCUACUUACGCGUCCGGCGGCAGCGGCGACAACGACGGUCGGUGGAACGGAGACGGUCGCCGAAACAACAAUAACAAUCGCGAGUUCAGCGUGAACCGACAGGACUUCAGCGGUAACCGUGGUAGCGGCGGCGGCAGUUACGACCGCGACCAGUCGUCGUGCGGCGAAGCCCGACCGCAACAAUAUUCGGGUAACACGGGCAGUCGAUCGAAAAACCACCGGCAAGGGAGUUACUCGAGUGUCGAUUACGACUCGGGACAAUCCAAUUCCAACUAUAACAGACAGUCGCUGCCGACGAGACGGUACCGCAGGGAUGACAGCAAUGAUAAGAGGAAACGUCAGAAGGCGGCGGUGACGGGCAGCAAUAACAGGCUUUUGGGGAACAAUCGUUUCAGAAACGUGACUAAAGCCGGAGGAAACCAGCCGGGCAAAGGGACGUAUCUCGACAAAAUGGACGCCUGCACAAUACAUUGCGUGUUCAAUCAACUGGAAAUGCUGAACUCGAACUCUCGUCCGGACAAACAUUCAAUAGUGAAUAUCAUGACAAAUCAAAUAAAAGACGUCGAACUGAAGGAAUUCAUACAGGAUUCAAUCGACGAAUGCUUCGACACCCUCGAACUGGACUCGCAUAAUAACAAAUGCGAAUUUUCAAAAAACUUCGCAGUGUGCAUGGAGAAUAAAGCUCAAAGGAAUUGCGACGAUUGGGAUGAAAACUUGUCAGCGAACAAAAUCAACUCUGCUGGCGUGCAAGACGGAACUAACCAGCAAGACAAAAGAAAAGGAUAUUAAAAAAGUUUCUACGUAGAAUAAAUAUUAAUUCGAUUGAUUAAGUUAUUUCAACUAUUUAUUAAACGUUUAAAAGUCGACAUUA